CCUCCGCGGCAAGAUGGCGGUGGUCUGGCGGUUGUGUUCGCUGCUGUGCCUGGCGGCGGCCGCCCUCGGGAAGCGGAGCAUGGUGAAGGUGCUGUCGGACGGCAUGUGGAGGGAGCUGCUGCACGGAGAGUGGAUGGUGGAGUUCUAUGCCCCUUGGUGCCCCGCCUGCCAGAACCUGCAGCCCGAGUGGGAGAAGUUUGCUGAGUGGGGCGAGGACCUGGAAGUGAACAUCGCCAAAGUGGAUGUCACGGAGCAGCCGGGAUUAAGUGGACGAUUUGUCAUAACAGCUCUUCCUACCAUCUAUCACUGUAAAGAUGGGGAGUUCAGGAGAUACCAGGGUGCAAGAACUAAAUCUGAUUUCAUAAAUUUCAUCAGUGGCAAGGAAUGGAAAUCUAUUGAACCAGUUUCAUCAUGGUUUGGUCCUUCCUCUUUCCUGAUGAGCAGUAUGUCAGCUUUGUUCCAGUUGUCAAUGUGGAUCAGGCACUGCCAUAAUUAUUUAACAGAAAAUGUUGGAAUACCAGUCUGGGGCUCAUAUGCUCUGUUUACAUUGGCAACUCUAUUCUCAGGACUGAUACUGGGACUUAUAAUUGUGUUCUUAGCAGACUGUAUCUGUCCAUCCAAAAAAUACAGACCGCCACAGUACCCUCACUCAAGAAAGCUAGCUCCGGAGUCGGCUCAGCUGCUGAAAAAGUUGGAUGAAGAGCAGGAAGCAGAUGAAGAAGAUAUCUCAGAUGAUGAAAUCGAGGGUAAAGAAGUGUCUGACAGAAAUUCAUCACCAAAUGCUGUAAGGCAGCGCCCAGUGAUCACUGCUGCCACAAUGGAUAAAUCUUAGCUUUAUUUGCAUGCAGGAUUAGUGUUUGAGUCACCAACUGAGAAGGAAAUACAUGUCAAAUCUUUUAGCUUGAAGAGAAGAAUGACUCCUGUCAUGGUGGUAAUGAUGCAUUUAAUGAAUUCAGGGGGAAAAAAAGGGCAUCUUUGGCAUCAGGUAUUCAAAAGUAAAACAUGCUGUUGCAAAUGGCUGAAACUUGUGUGUACGUGAAGAGAAGUGCUAAGAAGUAAUGUAAGUGGCUUCUUGAAUGAUUUGUUCUAUAGGGGUUUUUGUUUUUUAACAGAGUAUAAACCAGUGUGCUUGUUGCAUUAUGGAACAUUAGCAAGGAAAAUGCACUAACCUGUUUGCUGUUAAAGCAUUCAAAAAGGUUUCUCAGUAUAAAUCUAUCUAGUUGUGCUCGUAAGAAAUGCUGAGGGGGAAGGAUUCCUUCAGUUAUGGGACAUGUUCCAGGCUUUUUAUGUGACAAAAACUGCUUUCUGCUAUGACAAUGAGAGCUACAACCCCCUCAGUCUUUCUUCUUCCACAGAGGUGAAAGUUGCUAUCCUCAUUUAGAGGAACAGAAGUUGCCCUCUGAACAAAAGCUCAAGAGUUUGUCUUUGCCACCUUCCCAGAUGAAAGUUGUCAUAAAGCAGUGUGUGUAGUGUGGAUUCUCUGGCUGACCAGAAACCUGCUAUUUGCAUCAAUUUCUUUUAGAAAAGGCUGUAGAAGAGUAUGAGCUUCUUGGCAAAGUAAUUCUUUUCUAGAAAAAAAAAAUACAAGUAGCACUAUGAAGUCUUGUCUCUAAGACUCUGAUUCAGAUGGGAAUAGUUUACACACAGGGUUCUCUGCUGAAUGCAAAUUCUAUCCAGUCAUCCCACUGGAUGGCAGUAGGACUCUACUUAGUUUUAAUACAGCAUCAGUGAUUUCUGCUUAGUCAAAUUUUACUCCAAAACCAGUCAGGCUGUUCUUAGUAUGAAGUUGAAAUAACUGCUGCUUUUUCUUUUACAGAAAGUCAUCUUUUCAGGUCUCACAAAACCAUCUUGAAACAAUAUACCCUAAUUCUUUAAGGCACAAUCUGUAGUCUGCUGUUUUCUGUGUGGUAUUUGUUUUCAUUUUGUAUAGAAAUAAAAAGAAUGCACAUGCACAUUGGACCAGUGUUAUCCUACAUGGCUUAUAAAAAGUCUUCCGUAGUCAGUUUUUGUCCAAAGUAUUGCAAGGGAUGGGGUUAGCCUUAUGCUGAGGUUUUUAGAUUAGUCUAUUCUUGCUGGUUUUGGGGUUUUGUUUUUUGGUUUUGUUGUUUCUUUUUGUUUGUUUGGGGUUUUUUUGAGGCAUUUGGGGGUUUUUGUUAGGUUUUGUUUGUAGUUGUUUGGGUUUGGUUUUCUGAAUUGUUCACCUGAGUAGGUUUGCAGGACUGGCAGUUGAUAAAUCUGUGUCAAUAGUAAACUACUGUGAGUAAUUAAAACCACAAAUGUAGAAAUGCUCCUGAUCUUUUCAUUGCAGCCUUGCUUUCUAAAGCAAGGCUCUCCUGGUGACUUAAGGCUAUAGAACAUCAGACAAGGGUGACAAAGAACUUUGGGAUAUGAAAGAAAUACUGGGCACAACAAUAUUCAGCAUUGGCUUGUAAAGCUGCCAUGUUUUUUGUCAGUUCUGAAUGCUUCUUUGUAACUUGCAGUGUAAGUAUAUCUGACAGAUUCAUGUUCUGAAUAGGAGAAAGUAAUUCAGCUGUCCAAAUACCUGAGUGAAUCUUCCAACAGGUUAUUGGAUGAGUAAGAAUCAGUUAUGUAAGAUGUCUUGGAACUUCCUCUUUUAAGUUUUUGUUGUCUGAAUAUUGGUGCUCUGGAAUGACUCAUGACUCCAGUGCUGGGAUAUAUAUUGGAAAGAUAUAACUGAUGCUUGAAAGGGUCCUUUUGAUUAAAAUGUGAGUGCUCCUGUCAUUUGUAAAUAUCAAUCUUCUGGUGUUUGAAUGAAGACCACAGUGUGCCAGAAAUGCCCUUAAGGUGUCAGUCUUGUGGGAUUGCCUUAAUCUCUCUCAAAGUUUAGAUCUUAGCCUUUGUCACUAAAGCAAUAAAUCUGUGAGGUCCUAAGGAGAGCUAGUAGCACUGUCUGCUAAAAUGGAGUAUUUAUUUAGUUUAGAGGGGGCUUGAAGACAGAACACAAAUGCUGUAUGGUGUUUUUAGGGACAAGUGUUAAAUUUUUUAAAAGCUGAACUAUAUGGGCUAACUCCACUUGAAAUGCGUUUAAAUGUAGCUGUUAUAAAUGCGGGGCUUUCUAAUUUUUCAGUUUCUUAAAGCUGUUUAUGCACUAUAGAAAGUAAGUACUGAUACCCUUUGGCUAAUUUUUGAUUUUGAAACAACAACCAGCCUUUUUUUUCUUGCUGUUUUUCUAGACUCGUGGUUUAACAAGAACUUCUAGCACUAAUUUACCUUGCCUUUGCCUUCUUGCACACCUGUUUUUUCUUACUGCCUCUCUGCCUUAGGCAAAUAACCAAAUUCCAAACCCGCCUCUUAGUCAUAAGUGUUCCCAGUUGCUGGAAUCCAGCCUCCAUGUGGCAGACCUGUGCUUGUGAUAAGUGUAACUUCAGCAAAUUCCCUUUUGAUUACCCAUAGGCAGCCUCUGUUUGCUGAUCUCUGUAAAUCUUACCACUCCUAUUUUUAGUAAUAUUUCUGUGGUUUUGUCCUGUGAAUAUUUAAGUUUAUUUGUUUUGUAAAAAUCUAUAUUCCAAAGAUGUUUACUGAGGCUGAGUGAAGGUUGCAAUGAAAUAUGCAUAAGAGCCUGUCCUUUGUGUGUAUUGAUGAUGCUUGAAUAUCAGUUUUGUAAAAGUCGGACUGCCCUUUCCAUAUCAUCACCUUGUCUAAGCAUGUCCAGAUUCAUUCCAGAAAGAAUUUGUUAUUUGUAACAAUACUUUUUUUUUAAAUGUUUCAGAGUCUUCAAGUAAAAAAUAACCACCAGCUUUGGA